CGGGGAGAGGGCGUGGCCGGCGGCGUUGGGGUGUCUCACGCUGGUGACAGCUCGCGCGUGCGAUGAUGGCGGUCCUGCCCUGUGGAUACGGAAGCACGUGCUCUGCCCGUCCGAGCAGCGUCACCGCGCGCCUGUCCUUGCUGAGCUGGUCAGUGGAUACCGAGGUUUGAUGGAAACCAGGAGCACCUCAGGAUGCUGUGCCUGAAGUGUUUUAGAACAAAACGAGAUUCACAUGAAGGCAAACGUGUUGUACUGAACGUGGUACUUACACCCAUGGACUGAUUUCGUCUUUAGCAGCAGCAUCACUGGAAAAAGACUGCAAUUGAGGGCUUUGAAGCUGCGCUUCCUUAGGAUGAAGACUUAAGUAGUAAUUAAAUUCUCGAAGAACCGCCAAGACUCCUUUGAAUGAAAUGGGGAUGUUCCAGGCUCUGAGCAUUGCAUUGGAGAGGAAGGAAUGUUUCAACGUGACUCAGUCAAAGCAGCGAAGACUUUUGUAAGAGAUGGAUAGAUGCAAACAUGUUGGGCGGCUACGACUCGCCCAGGACCAUUCUAUCCUGAACCCACAGAAGUGGCACUGCGUGGACUGCCAGACAACUGAAUCGAUCUGGGCUUGUCUGAAAUGCUCCCAUGUAGCCUGUGGGAGGUACAUGGAGGAGCAUGCACUAAAACACUUUGAAGAAACCAGACAUCCAUUGGCAAUGGAAGUGAACGAUCUGUAUGUAUUUUGUUACCUUUGUGAAGAUUACGUCUUGAAUGAUAACCCGGAGGGGGACUUGAAAUUGCUGAGAAGUUCCCUGUCAGCGAUUAAAAGUCAAAAACAUGAUCCAUCAACGAGAAGCGGGAGGACGCUGCGAUCCAUGACUUUGGGAGAGGACGUGUGCAGCCAUCAGAGGAGCCCUCAGGGACAAUCUCAGAUGCUUACAGCUCUCUGGCACAGGCGCCAGUCUUUGCUUGCCAAGGCACUGCGGACCUGGUUUGGUAAGAGCUCCAGAGGCCAGCUGAAGUUACAGCAAAAGAAGCAGAUGGAGGAGUUGGAGAAGAAGAAGGAGGCGGCGAGGCGGAGACGGCAGGAGAUGAAGAGACAGCUUCUGGAGGAGCUGGCAAACACUCCUCCGAGGAAGAGCGCGAGGCUGCUGUCGCACGUGCACAGAGAGAACUUGAUUCCAAGGAAAUUCAGGGAGGUGGCGACCGCUUCCCCUACCUCAAGGCAGAUGCAGAGCAGCAGAUUGAAUCAGUUUUAUUCCAUCCGGCGUAAGCAUCUGAUGACUCCCGGGGUGACGGGUCUGAGGAACCUGGGAAACACAUGUUACAUGAACUCUAUUCUGCAAGUGCUGAGUCACCUCCAGAAAUUUAGAGAAUGUUUUUUGACACUUGAUCUCUGUGAAACGGAAGAACUCUUGGCCAAAACUGUGAACGGGAAGUCUAGGUUGCCUGGCAGAUUGGCAAAUGGAUCUGCUGCUAACGAGUCAGGGAGGACUGACAAAGUGGGAUCAUACGGCACGCAGAGCUUGCCAGCUGGCUUAAAUGGCAGCUCCUCAAUAAGCAGGAGUUUAGAACUAAUACAACCCAAGGAACCGCGUUCAAAGCACAUCUCCCUCUGUCACGAAUUGCACACCCUCUUCAGAGUGAUGUGGUCUGGCAAGUGGGCCCUUGUGUCCCCGUUUGCCAUGCUGCACUCUGUGUGGAGUCUGAUCCCGGCGUUCCGAGGUUACGAUCAGCAGGACGCUCAGGAAUUCCUAUGCGAGCUGUUGGAUAAAGUGCAGCAGGAGCUGGAGUCGGAAGGAACAAAGCGCAGGAUCCUCAUCCCCUUCUCGCAGAGGAAGCUCACCAAGCAGGUCCUCAAGGUGGUGAACACCAUUUUUCACGGGCAGUUGCUCAGUCAGGUCACCUGUAUAACAUGCAACUACAAAUCCAACACCGUUGAGCCCUUUUGGGAUCUUUCCCUGGAGUUUCCUGAGCGCUAUCACUCUAUUGAGAAGGGGAUUAUCCCUGUUAACCAGGCAGAGUGCAUGCUGACGGAAAUGUUGGCCAAGUUCACAGAAACUGAAGCUCUGGAAGGGAGGAUAUAUGCGUGCGACCAAUGCAACAGCAAACGACGAAAGUCUUCUCCCAAGCCUCUUGUUCUGAGUGAAGCUAAGAAGCAGUUGAUGAUCUACAGACUACCUCAGGUCCUCCGGCUGCACCUUAAACGAUUCAGGUGGUCUGAACGCAAUCACCGUGAGAAGAUUGGGGUCCAUGUCCUCUUUGACCAGGUACUAAACAUGGAACCUUACUGCUGCAGGGACUCUCUCUCCUCUCUUGACAAAGAGACCUUUGUCUAUGACCUCUCCGCUGUGGUGAUGCAUCAUGGUAAAGGGUUUGGCUCAGGACACUACACAGCAUAUUGCUACAACACAGAGGGAGGUUUUUGGGUCCACUGCAAUGACUCCAAACUGAAUGUAUGCAGCGUGGAGGAGGUGUGCAAAACCCAGGCCUACAUUCUUUUUUACACUCAAAGAACCGUGCAGGACAAAGCAAGAAUCUCAGAAAAACAACUCCAAGCUCAGGUGCUGUCCAAAAAUACUGAUAAAGACAGAAUACUGACAUUCCCAUGAUGGGAAACUCUAUGACUCAAUUAAUGGUCUCUUGUUUGUUUGUUUUUGUUUUUUAAACCAUUGGUGUUCACAUCUUUCCUCUCUGUAGGGAAAAGGGCUGGCUGCAGGAAGGGGAUCAGGUUGUGGUAUUGUUUGCCCAGGUUUGGAGAAGUGUAUCAAGCUGUGCAGUUCUGAUAUGUAAGACUGUAGUCAGAAACUUGUUUUUAAACAAGGUUGUUGAAUUACUCAAAGCAAAGAGUUUGAUGCUUUGUAUCGUUAGUCUCAUAUUAAAAUGGAAUUGAGUAAGGCAUAUAGGAAAUGAGCACAACCAAGAAAUAGCAGCAUUCAGCUGGUAUCACAAAACCUUCAGAUCGUCGUAGUGCUGAUAAACCUCCAGAAGGAGCAGGUUUAGUACCUUCCUUUAACUGUCGUUAGGAUUUCCACCCGGGUAUUUCUUUUAUGGCUGUUGAAUAGUUGGAGCUGGCUGCCCUAAAAGCCUUUCUUGCUGAAGAAGUGUUUGACAUUCAUCAGCAAGAAGAACUGUUGCCCAGCCCUCAGCUAUCUGUGGUACCGAUUUCUUUGCCCUCAGAUAAAGGCAAACAAAUGGCUGGCAAUUUCUUUCAAUAGGUCUUUUUCUCAGUGUUACUGGGACUUUAUGCACACUUGAUAGUCUGCUCUCUAGGCUGAACUGAACUGGCAGCUAAAUUUGCUAGGAAUGUAAUUCUGGAAACAGUUCUGCUCUGGAGAAUGUUUUUUGUUUUAUUUUUUAAAACAAAUAAAAAAACCAAACACCUUGUAAUAAAACAAGAACGUACCUGUGUGAUCAGAGUCACAUCUGUUUGCACUGGCAGCAAAAAUAAAGGCCUACAUUGCACGUUUCUGCUGGCAUAACUUUCCUGAUCAGGGUUAGAAAGAAGUGAAAACCCUGACUUGCACAGCUGUGACAGCAGAAGCAGUGACUGGGAGGCAACUUACACUGGCAGACGAGCACUUUGUUUUGGUUUGGUUUGUUUUCCAAGGGAAUAGCGUGGAGGUGACAGCAGUCGGAGCCAGAGCGAAGUGCUGCUGACUGCACCUGCAGUGGCAAUACUGACAAACUGGUUGUCACACGAGGCCCUGAAUGACUGAAGGCAGCGAGGUUGUGCAGGUGCAGUGGGCAGCGUUUAACCUGUGAAGCUGUUAUUCCUGCUGGGUCAUAAAGGGAGGCAAUUAAGUUAACUGUCGUAUUCCUCAGUUUGAAAAGUUACAGAAAUGUGUCUGUGAGUAUCAUGGUGUAGAACGCAGGGCUCUGAUUGACUGGUUCUGGUCAGUCCUCAGCCUGCCGUUGGACCUCAGGAAUUUUUGUAGUUUGGAGUCUGGCUGCUCAUGUUUCUUAUUGUCAUCAAAUCUGAAUAUGUGACUGCAAAGAGAUGUGUUGCAUUUCUUGUUGGUUCUUUUUUUCUUCUUUCCUGAAGCAGCUAUGGGUUGAAGCAUGCAGUUCUUCAAGCACUUGAUGCAGUGUUCAGGUAGGGGAGCUGGAAGCUUGUUUUUCUUCCCCUUCCUACUUUCAUCCUGGCUGGCAUUGGCCAUCAGCCACAAAUUGACAGCUGUGCAUUAUUGUUGGAGUGGGCAAAGAGGAAAAUCCCCCAAACACAAUUCCUCUUUUUUCACUGCUGCUACUUCAACUUUUGAUUUCCUGUGGGCACUUCAGCUGCUGUUAAUCACUUCAGUCAUGCAGAGAUGAGCAGAGCAAACAAGAAACUCCUCUUUUGUUAGAGCACAGCGCCGCUCCACGUCUCCUCUGUCCAUAAAGAAUCCCAUUUCCUCUGCGUCUGAGCAGUGUGCCGCUUUUUCAGCCUACACAAACUGAUUUUUAGCAAUUAAGAAUAAUUUGAGUUUAUAUGCUUGCUUUAUUUUGUGGAGGUUUUGUUUGUUUGUUUGUUUGUUUUUAGACAAACCAGUUUGAAACAGUCUUAUGGGAACAAAUUAAAAGAUUUUAAUUCUGUUUCUCUAAAUGUUGCAUGGUCUGGAAGGAUUUCCUGUGAAUGUCUGCAUAUCUACGUGUUUACUAGGUAGCUUUUUUUUUUUCCCUACUAGUAAUAAAAAUAAAAAUAUUAUAGGCCAGACUGAGGUACAGAAUGACCCAGCUUAGUGCAGGGGAAGCUGGUCUGGCUUCAGCACAGGCAGAAGCUGACAUUCAUGAAAGAAUGAAAAUGAAAUGCUUGUGGUGUUGAGAUCUGUGCUGGAGGCUUCAUUAGAGCAGAGUGCAGCUUUGUGGAGACUGCUUGUCUCACAGGGAAAAUGAAAGGAAAAAAGGUGUUCGGUGCUGCCUCCUUAAUCUCAGAAGUGAAGGGAAAAUGGAGCAGUCAUGUUUGCUGUGACUGCCAAAUACUGUGAUUGCAUCCUGCAUCCCUCACCGUGCGGGCCGUCUGUGUGCAGAUUGAUGGUUGUUGCUGUAGUGAGCCAAGACUUUGCUACGAAUGCUCAUCUUUUGACUGAGUGUUUUGCAUUAGUAUUUGUAUUCAGGUAGAAAUAGGGUUGUCAUGUGAAUGGACUAGAUUACAGAGGGGGGUGGGAGCAGCCCAUUAGCCGUGGGUGCAGCUGGUGCCCCGCAGGUUGUGUCGUGUUUGCUGUUGACAGUUUUGACAUUAGUGACCUCUCCAUGUAGCCUGGUUGCGCUGAGACGUGGAGAUACUGCGGUCAGAAAAAUAUUGCCCUGAUAGGGAAGGAAUGAAUUAUACUUCAAAGUAAACUUGCUUUUUCCAGCACUGUGAGGCUUCUGAGAUAUUCAGCUUUUAUUUGGAAGCGAUAGCGUAUAGCAUUUUUUAUGCUGUUUGGUUUCUGUUGGUCUGCUGUAGGCAUCUUCAUAUAAGCAUAGCUCAAUGUCCCUGCCGUGGUGACACUGUUCUAUAGUGUCUUGUUUGCCAGAAAUAAAAUUGGAAGUUACCUCUUUAUAUUAAUAAGACAAACAUCAAGCUUGUGAUGACUGUGAAGCCCACUGAAGUGAAUGCCUGCCCGUGGGCUGCCUGUAACACAAGCUCUGUCCCUCCUUUAAUGGUGUGGCUUGAAAUCCUUCUCCAAUCCAGGUGUGUAUUCAGAAUCAUUCCAAAUGUAGGCUCUACUCCUGCAAGCACCUACACAACUGAUCUAACUUAACUCAGGUGUGGAGGUGACGCUUUUGAGUCCCAAGCUCAGUGUCUGCAGGAUCAGAACCUUUGUUCUGGUUGAACUGGGAGUGGAAUUUGUUUCUGUACAUGCAGGCACACCUGUGCUGGGGUUUCAGUCAUGUAACAAGAAGCCAGAUGCCUUGAGAGAUGCUGAGAGCAAGUGUUAGACUCCUGGCACUGUGCAGGUUGCUGUCUGAAGGCAGAGCAAACCACAGGACACUUGCAGGCUGUCAAGCUUGUGAGUACGCAGCUCUUGGCACAGAGCUGUUCCCAGCACAACCUUCUUCUCUUCAACUUGUACGUAAACCAGUGUUAAUUUUAAGAAUGAAGAACCUUAAUGUGUUCGUGGCCAGAUAGGCUGCAACAUUGGCUGUAGUUACUGGGAAAUACUUUAUUUUAGUUAACAUUCUGCCUCUAGCAAGUUAGUUGCGUAAAUUUGCCUUUGUUACCACUUUACUACCUGCAUGCCCAAGUUGAACUAUGCAUACUGCAAAAACAGUUUCUCUGCAAAGCAAUGGGGGAAAAAAAAAACACAACAAAAAAAAGACACUUUUUUCCCCCGCUGUUUCCAACCAGAACAGUUCUCUGGUCUGGUUUGAAGUUCUCUGUUCAAAGCUGUCAGUUCUCUGACAGCUUUGAAGCUGUCAACAUGAAGCAGCAAACAGAAUAAUGUGCAUUAAGUGUGUGAUGUCAGACUCUUCUUGGUGGCUGUGUCACCCCCAUUUCCUUAGGGGAUUCCAGCCAUUCUUUUUCAGCACAGGAAUAUAAUUGGAAACAGUAAAAGCACUGAGUGCAUCCUGUGGACUCACUGUCAGAAGUUAUUUUUGCUUCUAAAAGGCAAAAGCCAUCUUCCUAAUGUCCAACUUAAAUCUCCUCACUGUUAGCUUGAGACCAUUUCCCCUUGUCCUAUCACAGCCCCUGCCAGAGUCUGCCCCCUUCUUUCUUACAGCCCCUUCAGAUACUGAAAUAUUGUCCUGGGGGUAAUUUAGACACACUUGUGUUGAUUGUAACAUCCCCAGGCCUGAAUGUGCUUAAUUGCAUCCUAACAAAACUUCUGGCUGCUGCCAGACCCCAGGAUAAGCUCCAGUGGAAGUAACAGUACUGCAAAAUGAGAAGUAUUUAUGGAAGAUACAAUAGACAGGAUUAGUUUUACCUGCCAACACAAUUUAGUGAGCUAAUUUUGUGUGAUUCCUUAGAUUUGGUGCCUUGUAUCCAAUAACAUUUUGCAUGGAACAGAAACACUGGGAAAUAAGUCCUGACUGAAGCAGCAGAUUUGUGUUUUGUAGGUACUCUCAGCAUCACUGGCAUCUUCACAUUUCAUGUCCGUAUGAAGAAGUUGACCAGCAAGCUCAGAGGCUAUGAUUUUAUCCUUACAUGUUUGAAAUAUCUGUAUAUGUCAUAAUUGAAGGAACGGCUUGUUCAGAGGCCAAUUGGAUUUAGAUUUUCUCAUGUCAUCCAGCCCCUUCCAGUCAGUCACUAAGCUGAGCUCUGGCAGAGCGUGUGGUGCAGAGCGAGGAAUCAAAGCUCCAUGGGGAGCUUUUGGUAGAGGAGCUGUGCCUAUGGAAGGGGCCUUCUGUCCCAAACCUGGCUUUGGAUAUGAAACCUCAAUUUAGUGGUAUCUCAUGUCCGUUACAUUAAUACUGAUGCCUGCUUAUUGCAGAUGGGAAUCUGAAGCAUUCCGGCAGGCUUUUGAAUUUUGAAACCCACAGCAUAGACUGAAUGAUGAAAAGCAGAAUGUGUUUGUCACCUGUACCUGUUGGUGAUUAUCUGUCCUAGUUGAUUUAAGGGGUGUGCCUUUAGGCCGCUCCUGUUGUGCUUGUUUUAUUUUAAAUUCUGUGAUUCUCUGUGUGUGAAUGGGUUCCAUUUGUGUAAAUGAUAAUUUGCAUGGUGGGCCAAAACAGUUUUGAGAGAUCCGAUAGUCCUACUAAUGCAGUUUGGAAAGUACAUUUCCAGAAGGGAGGGUGGGGGGUAGAGAGAGGAGGGGGAAAAAAAAGACAAGACCAGCCCAAUGGGCCCAGAAUUGGCUUUAACCACUGCUAUUUAUUGUCCUGAAGCGUAUGCAUGAUAUGGAGGGAUGCACUACAGUUACAGAGCAGUGCUGUGCUACUGAUUUUGUGCAGGCUGGGGGCCAGCAAGGAGAAAGGGAGAAUGAAACAAGGGGACAAAUCAAGCCAAGCUGAGCACAGCAGCGAUCUACUUCCAGGAGAAAUGGGAGGCACUGGGUUUGGUGACCUUAUGUGUCAGAGGAUCAUGUAUUUUGCAGGCAGGGACAUUAACAAAACCCAAAUGCAGUCUCAUCAGCUGCAGUCUGGGUGCAAACAUUUCUCCUACUGGUAAUCUCAUACUGCCAAAUGAAUGGUGCUUCUCCAUUAAGUAUUCCUAAGGAACGGGACCCCAAAUUCUCGAGUUUUUAGAGGGAGCUGCCUACUUAAAGCCCCCCAUGUCACUGUAAAUGCUUGUGUAGCUGGAAGUGAAACAAGAGAUCAUGCAGCUGAUGAUUUGAACGCCAUUUGAUUUGUACUUCUUAGUCUCAGUAACGUGCUUUCAGUGGAGGCGGCAGGUGCUGAAUGUGAUUCUUUCCGUGCUGAACUGCUGGGUCUGGCCCUGACUCCUCAAAGUAGGACUUUGCGGGGUAGAAAAGGGCUCCCUCUGUGUCUGCUCCUGUUUUACACUUUCCAUGUGAGCACAUCUUCAUUGGAAUGUAGGGCUUUUGAGUGCUUCUCCUCUUGAAGAGGAACAAAGAGGAACAAUCGCCCCUCCAGCACGGCAGUGCUAAGUAUGGAGAACUUAGGCUGUAGCCUUCUCUCCUUAGAGAACCAUAUCCAUGCUAUGGGGAUAAUUGUUACACUGAGUCAGUAUGAGUGAAUCAGUGCAGCGUCUGUGGAUUCGUGAGGCUAAAGAAUGUAUGAUAACAUGGACAAACCAGAGCUUUGCAGAUGAGCAAUGCCACUGCCAGCUUGUGGGGCACUGAACAGAAUCUGUAGCUGAGGAAUUCAGGUGGCUUACCCAUGUGGCUCCUCCUUUGCACAGGGAGUGCAGUGUCUGUUCUGCACAGCUCUGUGCCUCUGACUCAUGAACUCUUCCUAGCUCAUCUUCAUUCUCCUCAUAUUUAUUAAAUGAAGUUAUGAAGCCUGGCCCUUACGGCUGUUGCCUACUGCUAUGAGAUGAACUCCAAAUAUCCAUGUGAAAACCAAGUGUACAGCUUGUUUGUCAGACGUGCUGAGUACAGAAACAUGCCACUAGCAACCUUCAGCCCAUUUGGAAGAGGCCCUGUUUCUUGUGUGCUCAACUUCAGCUUUGUUUAAGCAGCCACCAGCUGUUUAAGGCACAGCCUUCUGUACAUUUACCUAAAUGAGAGUUUUACAGGAAAGGAACAAGUAGGUAUGUUUGUUUCCAGUAAAACUUCAACCAGUUUUCUUUUGGGUAAAAACAGCUGCAAUGGUCAGGAUGGUUAAAACUGUCUUCAAGAAAAGUGCAGCCCAGGCAAACUCCCUUGAGUUGAGACAGGCUUGCAAGGGAUGCUGCCAGGGAAGCCCCCCUUUCUGCUGGUGCCCUGAAAGUUCCACUGCUGACCUGAGCAGGGGUAGAAGGAAAGCUAAUCCUCAGGGUUUCUGAAGUUAAUCCCACUCUAAGAUUGCUGGAAGGGUGCUGCUGCAGGCUGGUUAGAACACGAGCAUUUCUUUCAGUAUGAAAUCCCCUUGCAGCCACUACGAAAAUGAGUAAAAAGCUACUCUGCUUUCCUGGGUAAGGAUCAACACUGGAGUUUGGUGGCUUCUCUGAUUUUUUUUUUUUUUUUUCCAGUCACUUCUGUGGGGGCUUUAAGUCAGAACAGCCUCUGGUAUCUGCUCUGAGUUUCUGCUCCUUUUGUCGCUAAUGACUUAAGCUGCUGUGUCCCAUGCUGUGCUCAUGACUGAGGCUGCCUCUGCUUCAAGGACGCUUCAAGGCAGCAGCAAGCGACGAGAGAAUCCAAUUAAUUACUGAAUGUGUUCAGGCAAUCUGGCUGCCUCGCAGCUCGGUGCAAACACUCUUGAAGCGCUGCUUCUGACUGCAGGUUGAGCAGCUUUUAUUUCAGUUGUUUGUGAAGACAGCAGCCAGUAAGUCACCUAUGGCAGCCUUAUGUACUUAACUGUGAACUGCCCCCUGCUGAACCCAGGCCUCAGGAGGAGAUCAGUGUGUUCUAAAUCAAAACCAAGAUUAACUACAAAAUGACCUACUGUUCUAAUUAAUCCCCUUUUCCUUCACAAAACUGUUCCUGCAAAAUUUGACAUCCUUUUGAAGUACAGAUAAUCCAUUUCUUUACAAGAUGUUAAAAUUUCUGCUUCGAAAACAGCAUUUUAAAAUAUGUUUCAGUAGUGGAAUACACGUCUCUUUGGGGGCAGUUCUCAGUCACAAAACACAGGCAGUACAACUGCAAGAGAAUGUUUUCAUUUAAAACCCUGUGCAUAACUGCCCAAAGAAUCCAAAGCCAUGUUGCAGUCAGACUGCCACAAUGCUCAGGGCUGGGAAGUCAUUCUGCUCUUCAGGCAGCGUAUUCUGGGAGCUGCAGCGUUCUGUCUCUGAUUGAAUUCAAGCUACAGCUCCCACGUCAGCCUCAUGUCGUGCUUUCAGUGUCCCUUGAACAGCUUCACCACCCAUAGCGGGACUUGAAGUCACUAAAGGCAAGUUGUAGUUUGAGUCCGGCGUGCAAACAUGCUAUGCAACACCGAAUGGCUUCUUCCCACAGAGCCCUGAUUCCUGUACAGUAAGUGCACCAGCUUCAUCUCAGCCGCACACGAUCCAUGCACCCUUCUGGUGGUUGGAGUUUACCCACGGCUUCCCACGGUUCUGUUUUCCUUUUGAACAAGGAUCCGGCACACAGCCCAGGACUGGAUUUGUUUGUUUGUCUUUCGGGUGUGAAAUAAAAAUCAUGUUUUUAUGAUUUUUGUAAAUCUUUACUCUUUUUACACCUUCUUUUUGUAAACUGAAGUUUCUUAUUAAAAAAAGAAAAAUU